AUGGCUCAUGAUUCUUCUGCUAAUCUCCAGAUAUUCUCGCCAACGGGCUCCGGUCGCUCCUCACCCUCGCCCCGCGUAACGCGCAACCACGCCGAAGACGCGCUGCAGAAGAAGGACAAAGGCUUCCGACGCUAUGCAGCUGGUGUCGAGCGCGCACUCGCACUGUGGGACACGGCACAGCAGGAAUGGGCUGACUACAUAUCGUUCUUGGGGAGGCUUUUGAAGGCUCUGCAGUCUCAUCCUUCCGAAACAACGGUUAUUCCCCAUAGCGAUGCAGUCGCACUCCGAUUAGCGCAGUGCUUGAAUCCAACAUUACCCUCUGGAGUACACCAGAAGGCGCUGGAAGUGUAUUCGUACCUGUUCGCAACCAUUGGUAAAGAUGCGCUUGCUCGUGAUCUUGGUCUCUACUUCCCAGGACUGUCCUCAGUGCUCUCUUUUGCCUCGCUCUCGGUCCGGCCACUCUUCCUAACCGUAUACGAGAGCCACAUUCUGAAGCUCGACGGGUCAGCCCUUCGCCCCGCGCUCAAGGCUGUCAUCCUGUCUUUGCUCCCAGGGUUGGAGGACGAAACUAGUGAAGACUUUGAGCGCAUGGUAUCUGCGCUCGACAAGCUACGUGAGGCUGUAAGGAGUCGUUCGGAGGGAGUCUCAGAUGCAAAGACCGAGGCCGGUUCGUCGCACUUCUGGCAAUGUUUCUUCUUGGCGGCCAUCACAAACGCAUCCCGCAGGCAAGGUGCUCUUGCCUAUCUUGUGCGGCGCUUGCCAAAGUUCAGCCUUCCACAACGGCGUGCAUCCGUUGCGACAGACUCCGGUGCGCUUUCCGAAGGGCUGUUGGUCGAAGCUGAAGCCGCCAUUACUCCAGAGCCGGGUUUGCUUAUUCGAUGCUUCGAAGCUGGUCUUUCUGAUACUCAGCUAUUGAUACAGCGAGGCUUUCUCGAUUUGCUUGUUACGCAUCUGCCUCUAGACUCUCCCGUACUGCAGGACCGAAUCGGCAAAGAGGAUCGAGAGCGGAUUGUAGCUGCUGCUGCAGGCGUUGUUUCGCGGAGAGACAUGAGUCUGAAUCGAAGGCUGUGGGCCUGGUUUCUCGGCCCCGAGCCGGCACCCGAUCUGGAUCGCAACGACGCUGUUGCAUCACCGAUGCAAGACAAACACGGCCCAGCAUCCGACCCAGCAGCCUACCAUGCCGCCUAUUUUUCGCACUUCGGUCUUGAAGCGCUGACUCAGAGUGUGUUGAAGAUGAUCAACAAACCUACCAAACAUCCUGCUGAGCGCGCAAAACCGUUUCGUGUGUGUCUGUCUCUCAUGGACCGGUGGGAAGUCGGAGGUUUGAUUGUGCCGGAGAUAUUUCUCCCCGCAUUACAAAGCAUCGAGUCUUACAGUGAAAUAGCUACGAAAGCUCAAGUCGACGAGGUCUUGCGAAGCGCAAGUACGUUCUUUGAUGGCGUCGACAGCGGACUGAUCUGGGGCAAAUUGAUCCAAUUAGUCACGACCUCGCUGGAGCCGGACUUUUCGAGCCCACGAGAAGCUCUUCGACAUAUGCGAUUAGCCAAAUUUGUCCUGUCCCGCUUCAAUCUCAAAGAAGAAGACAUGCUGCUUCAUCACAUGCCACUGAUGGUCUUCUCCGCACUCGCAGCAUUGAACAGUAAAUCCGGCAGUGCUUCGAGCCUAUCCACCUAUGAUCGAGAAGUCGUAGAUCUUGCACUUGAAAUCAUCGACUCGCUCAUUCAAAUCGUGCCUGAUCGAGCGAUUAGGGGAUCCCAAAAGCACAAGAGCACCGAUGGCACAGACCAAGCAAAGAGUGUUGCUCUCGAGAAAGUACAAGCCUUCUAUGAUGAAUCCCAGGGCAGUCUGGAUAUGGUAGAACCCCCUUUCACCGCCCCCCAACUUGGUCACUUGAUUAUCGAAGAAUCAACGCGAAUGUUUUUUGCCUUUGUUCAGCUCCACCCCGAGAUCUCUGCGGAGACGCCUUCCAAGAUACUGGCAAAUGCUAUCGUCAAAGUCCAGCAAUUCGACGUCCUGAACGACAUGGAACCGUUCGCAGUGAUUCAACACGUCCUGUCAGCGCCUGCCAGCAAAAGCGGUCCACCACUAGCAUUUUCUCGCCUAAGUGCAGUCACCACCGUUCUUACUGGCCUACAGAUUGCGAAACCUUCGGACCCAUACAUUAGCGAAUCUCAGAUUGGUGAGAUCAUCCACCCCUUGGUUGCUGCCUUUUGGCAGUAUCUUUCACCGUUGAUGCCGAAAUACCAUGUAGAGGCUGUGAGGUGCAUACUGCAGUUACACAAUAUGUCGCCUUCAAAUCGUGUUGUAGAAGCAGCUUUGUCAUCGAUUUUGGUGCAUCACACGCUGGAAGGGUCAUCAAGCCUUCACUCUGCUGAUGCCAGUCGUCGAUUUGCGGUGAUCUGGACCCAUACUAUGUAUGAGCUCAGCUUGCAGUCGGAGAAGCGCGGUACUUUAUCACGUCGCACGAGUGCAAUGAGUCUCUCGAGCCUCGCCACCCAGGAGGUCAGCUUCCACUCCGUGCUCUCAAGACCGCUAAUGCUCCUCCUGGAUCUGCUUGGUGAAGAAGGAACUGAGGCCGUCGCUGUGAUCAGCACUUGGCUUGAAGAUCUUCCAACUCUCAACAAGGUCUUCGAGGUACUAGUCACUCAUUUGAAAUCCCUUCGAUGCUUGUCCAACACCGACAGUCUGGCUCCUGGUAUAGCGCAGCAUCCAGGAAGCUCACAAUUCACGGGAGACGACAGCAAAGAUUGUCUCUACUAUCUAAAACAUAUCCACAACAUACUGAAACGACCCUCGCAACACACUUGGGCGACGCUAGCUGAAGAAGCCGGUCUACGUCUCAAUGAAAUAACACCUAGGAUAUCAUUGCAAGAGUGGAUCGUAAGGAAUUGCCUGAAGACUAUCUCUCUGGAUAAUAAAAAGGAAGAUACCAGAAAGCCAGCACAUUUGGAAGAGCUUUACCAUGUGUCCGUUGACAUCAUCUCUAGAAUCUACGGCAGUCCAUUCGCGCUAGCUUUAAGGGACUUGGAGCUUGAGAUUCCUCUGAUGGCUCGUCUAAGGUCAGCUGGCCCUUCGCUGCAAAGUCUGCUACUCGGCGCCUCUCUACAUGCACUGCGACUACGUCUCACUCGACAGAAAGAGGCCCAGAUACCAGAGCAAAGACUCCAGAGCUCUGCAUCUCACAAGUCAAGGCUAUCUCUGGCUACCAAUAGGGACUCCGUGGAAGUUGAACCUGUGCCUGUUCCGCCACCGCCUCAACUAGUAGACAUUAUCAAGUAUGGAUUCUCUUCCUCGACAAGUCGCCUUGUUUUAGACGAUUGGGUUAACUUCCUUGUGGAGGUGCUCCCGCUCUUUGCAGAUGCCAUUUUCCAAAAUCUACUUCCCCUAGUGGAGUGUUUUUGCAAGGAAAUCCAGAAUACGUUCGAGCAACUGAAGGGUGUCUUUUGUAUCAAAGAAAACGCCGAACAAAUCUCGCCUGAGACAACUCUCAUAUCCCUCAUUAACGGAUUGGAGCAGAUUCUUGCUAGGGCACAUGACCGUCUCAUGAUGCAAGAGACAAAGUCUGUAGCCAACAAAUCACCAGAGCAACCUCAAGGCUUUUUUGGCAACAUGGUAUCAGGGGUAUUUGCAUCAGAGGCACAGCAAUCACGCACGCCGACAGCUAAUAGCAGACUAACCGUGUUGCUCUGUUUCCAAGACACUGUACGCAUAUGCUUCGCUAUCUGGUCGUGGGGAGGUUAUGCGACGAGCGGCGGACAACACGAUCCGACAUCGGCUUCUUCAUUUGGUUAUACCUCCUUGCGCAUGCGAAAUCGAGCGAGACGAAUAUUGGAACAUUUAUUCGCUGCGGAGGCGCUGGAAUGCUUGGAGACGCUCAUUGUGUUGUGGUCCCAUUCUCCCAAAGACGAUACCCAAGUAGAAGCCAUCAUGGGUCUUCUCAACGUAUUGAAUGGUUCAAAGCCAAAACACACCAUUCCAGCAAUCUUUAAUGCUGUAUACAGUCGAACAAAUCCAAACGCCCUCGACCCCAACCGCAUGUCUACCCUGACAUCCGACCUUACAGAUACGGACCUUGUUGCUUUCUUGGUUGACUACACUAAGUCCCUAGAGGAUGAUGCCAUGGACGAAAUAUGGCAAGAUUGCACUCUUUUCCUGCGAGAUGUUCUCGCAAAUCCACUUCCUCAUAGGCAAAUAUUGCCGCUGCUCCUCGAAUUCACGGCCGUCAUCGGGCAAAAGGUCGACAACACCAACUUCGGCGAGCAACGAAAAAUGAGGAAGGAGCUAGCAGACAUAUUCCAGCGUAUACUAACUGCUGUCUUCACCACACGUCCAAUGGGCCACUUUCAGGAGCCCAAUUCCGGCCAGGGAAAUGCCAAAGCGUCAGAGAAGCUUUAUAUUUCCACAAACAGCGCCCUCUCGCAGAAGCGUGCUGCGGACAUAGUUACUGUAUUGAACGCCAUAGUUCCACAUCUUCCCAUAAUACUUGUGGAAAACGAGCGCGUCUCAACCGUGGCGACAAACAUCGCCACUUCGGUCAUUGGCCCUACCUUUCGCACCAAAACUUUCCCCGAAAACGUAUCGAGCGGCGUCCUAGACCUGCUCCAAUCAUUAGCCAGAGUCGCACAAGGCAACAAGUUUUGGAAGAAGGAACUCUACGACGCUUUCAACGACAGUCGAUUUUUCAGCACAUCUUUGCCCCUGCUCAGAGACUCCUGGCUGCCCAUUUUAGCUCAAUGGGCACACUCCGAUAAAGAUCGUUUACCAGAAUUGCUAAGUAGACUGAGUGCGCCCACGACAGCAGGCAUAAUGUUCGGCGUAGGCGCGUCUUCUGCCCGUCAAGAAGCAGAUCGCAAGACGCAACUCACGCUCCGCCGCAUCGCGCUCCUUGUCUUGUCCAGCGCCGAAGAUGCGUUCACUUCAAACGUCCCAGCCAUCAUGUCCUCGGUCACGGAACUCCUAACCGCGACCCCCGCGUCCUCACCAUCUUCAAUAACCCGCGCAGAUGUCUUCAUCCUUCUCCGUGCACUCAUCCUCAAGACAUCAUCUAUCCACCUAGCCUCCUUGUGGCCGACUAUCAACGCCGAACUUACAUCCGCCUUGAGUAGUCUACUUCCCGAUGCGACGAACAGAGAGCACUACAACAAUGCAGGCAUCAUACAGGCAUGCAAAUUGCUGGACGAGCUCGUUAUCCUCAAUCCAGAUGAUUUCCAGCUCAUCGAGUGGCUUUACAUCUGCGACACUAUUGACGCCGCAUAUCCGACUGACGCCGCCACCUCUUCGUACCCUGCCAGUCUUGCAGACGAGAUAUCACAAGUGCUACAAGCCACCGGAUCUUCGAUUUCACGUCCGAUGACACAAAACGCGACCGAGGACGGUGGCGAACCGCAAAGGAUGCUGUUCUUGGAUCCGCUCAUUGAAGCGUUGGAGAGAGAGGAGGGUGCUGAAGUGAUCGAGAUGGCGAGGGGCGAAUUGAUUGAUAGGGUUGUGCGACCUUUCUUGGGGAGCCUGGGUAUGUUGGCUUUUGAGUCUACGUAUGGAGGUGGGGAGAUAGACGUGGAUAGUGUUUGGGCGAGCGUAGUAGCUGAUGCUAGGGGUGUAGAGUAG